AGCGCCAGAUACAUCCGGAAUGACCGCAGCUGGGAGGAAGCAGUGCUUCGUUUCGUUCUGUGUUUACGUGGUGUUGUUUUUUUUCAAUGUUUAAGAACAGCAUGACUCCGCGAUGCUUUUCUUUCUAGAGACAAUAUAAAAAGACAUUUCCAGUGCAGACUGCCUAGGGUUGCCGGCCGGUUUGUGUAGUUUGUCCGGGCGGUGCAUAGCUGCUUGUUGCGAGUAUAAACGGCAGUGGCGCAUUGUAAGUACUGUACAGUACAGGGGGAUCAUGGCAACCCGGCGUCUGACCGACGAGUUCUUGUUAAUGCGGAACAAUGCCAUCCAAAACCGCCAGAUGUUGGUUGAGCAAGUGAGUAGUUACUCCGCCAAUCCUCUGAGUUUACGUAGCAAUGCUGCGGAGCUGGAUGAGCUUGCCGAUGACCGGAUGGCUCUGGUGUCUGGGAUUAGCUUGGACCCCGAGGCUGCGAUUGGGGUCACGAAGCGCCUGCCUCCCAAGUGGGUGGAUGGGGUGGACGAGAUCCAGUAUGACGUCACCAGGAUAAAGCAGAAGAUGAAGGAGCUGGCCAGCCUUCACGACAAGCACAUGAACCGCCCCACCCUGGACGACAGCAGCGAGGCGGAGCACGCCAUCGAGAUCACCACACAGGAGAUCACGCAGAUGUUUCACCGCUGCCAGCGCGCCGUGACGGGUAUCCAGAGCCGCUCCAGGCACUGCACAGAGCAAGAGGAGCGCCUACUUCGCAAUGUGGUCUCGUCCCUCGCCCAGUCCCUGCAGGAUCUCUCCAUCAACUUCAGGCACACGCAGUCCAACUACCUGAAACGUAUGAAGAAUCGGGAGGAGAGGUCAAAGCAUUUCUUCGAUACUUCAGUACCGCUGAUGGAUGACGCAGAAGACACUGCUGUUUAUGACCGGGGGUUCACAGAUGAACAGCUUGUCCAAGUGAAGCAAAACACAGUGAUGGUGGAGGAGCGGGAACGAGAGAUCAGGCAGAUAGUGCAGUCCAUCUCCGACCUCAACGAGAUCUUCAGGGACCUGGCUGGAAUGGUGGUUGAACAAGGGACCGUCCUGGACAGAAUUGACUUCAAUGUUGAGCAGGCAUGCGUCAAAACAGAAGAGGGUUUCAAACAGUUACAGAAGGCAGAGCAAUACCAGAAGAAGAACCGCAAGAUGCUGGUCAUUUUAAUCCUGUUCGUUAUCGUGAUCGUUCUUAUUGUUGUGCUAAUUGGAGUGAAAUUUAGGUAAUCGUGUAUAUCCCUUGGCAUGCGUCGCUAGUGACGAGCCUGACCCCCUCCCCCUACCCUUCCCUAAAGCUGCCUUGAUUGAAUUUAUCUAACCCAUACUGUUUGCGUCGUUGGUCUGUGCAAUGAACCUAUAGACUCUGGAAACUCUAGUGCAUGAAACCUGGGGCAUUUCCAAGUACGUAGCCAUAAAAACAAUGCUUUGCCUAAACACUGUUUGAUUUAUCAGAAUCACAGGCUGCAAGCCCAUCCAUAGAAACACUGCCCCCAAUGUAAUGGAAAACAGGUUUGAGUGAACGAAUGAAUUGGCGAGCGCACUGCACAGAUACAAUGACAUUCAUCUGAGUUACUGGAGCCCAUUCCAGGGAUUUGAAUAGAAGCACUACACAGUAUUGAAGGGUACCCAAGAUUAACACUGCCUGUUCAAUGUACAGUACCAUACUGCAGGCCACUGUAACGGAUUGGAUAGUGAACUCCUGCUCUAAUCUAUUCAGAGUUCCACUUCAGCGUUUGACCGUUUCAAACCCGCAUUUGUUGGGGAAUGGGAGUGGGGGAAUAGGAUUGUGUCCAAUAAGGGUCUCAACACCAGUCGCUUCCAUUGUCUUGGAAUGCACCCACAAUAUGGUCGCCCGCUGGGUGGGUUAUUAAGAGGCUCCUUCUCAGAAGUGCCUAUCCUUCAAAGGGUAAUUCUGCAGUAAAAUAAACUGAUUUAUAAAGCCUGCAACUUACUUGUAAUAUUUAAUUUAUUUUAAUAGAAAGUACUUUAGAAGUUUGAAAGUAGUGGGAUGUUGUUAUUAUUAAAUGAUCACUCCUAUCUGAAAGCAUGUGUUUUGAUGCUCUGGUGCUGUGACCCUAGUCUGCCGAAUGCGCUUGUCGUUUGGUUCAGUCAAAGCAGGGUUCCAUUCAAUGCAUCCUUGCGAGUCUCGCUGUGCGUGGUGCAGCAAAAGCACAUUCUGUCAGCAGCAGCUGGUGUAUCACGAGUUUGUAGUGGACACAAGUUCUCAAAGCUAUUUACUCCAAAAAAAGAAAAAUUGCCAUAAUGUUUCUAACG